GUAGCUCGGGCUCGGUGUGUUGGAGAGAGCAGGAUUGAGCACGAGCUCAUUUUGAAAAUACUGGCGGUUACUGCGCAGGAGGCGCGAGCGGAGGUUGAGGAGUUUACACACGUUAAGGGCUGGACGACUAUUUUACACAGUAUGGAAUAUAGAGUGAUAAGCAACUUUGCUAUGCCAGCAGCUAAUGAAAAUGAAUUUUUUUGAGACUGGUGCUACCUUAUCAAAAUCCUCCUUUCUUCAAUCAGUAUAAUGUUUCUCUUCACAUGCCUCUACAUGUAGCAGAAUAUUUUUCAGAAUUUACUAUGGAAGUUAAGGACUUUUCAUGUACGCAUGAAAAACCCUGUGAAGUUCAUCAGACAGCUGAAGGUAUUUCUGAAGCAAAUGAAAUUGAAUGUUGUGAAUUUGGAGCCAAAUGGAGAAUAUGCAAAAAUAAACCAAGCAACGGAACCACAAUGGUUCCUGAAACACACUUUUCAGUUUUUCAGACUGAAGACACUCUUUCUGAUCAAAUGUUGAAUUUUUCUUUGAGUGGAAUAACAUAUGAAGACAAAUUUGAUGGUGCAAAGGUUGAUGAAUCAGAUACCACUACCAAUGCUCACGAGAGUUUGUUCACAGAAAAAUAUAAUGGCGAUGACGCAUUACUACCUAUUCCAAGCCAGAACUGGAGUUACUUUGAAUCUUUUAUAAAUGAAAACAAAGAAGAAUUUUUAGAUCUCUGUGCAACAAAUGACUUUUCAACUAACUUAAUUAGUGAAGAAGACAGUGACAGUUUUUUGUUUGAUGAUGAAUCAACUCUAAGUAGUGAUGUCUGUUCACUGAAGAUAAGAUAUGAAUCUUUUCAAGACAAUGUGAGAGAGAAAACAAAUGCUUUUCAAGAUGAUGCACAACUUCAUUUUUUUCCCAGUAGCCGAUGUAAUGGAACCAAAAAAGGUAUGAAAAGCCCCAUAAAAAAGAGUUCUGCUUCUGUUCAAGCAGAGAGAAAGGAACAUGACAGUUCAGAACAUAGCACGUUGUAUGAAUUAGAAAGUAACAAAUGCCUUCUGUCGGGUGUUUUUAUGGAUAACUGGAAGGAUGGUGAGAAUUCAAUAGAUUCAGUUUGUUUAUCAUCCAUUCUAAAUGAAGAUAGAGGAAAUUGGAAGUUAUUGAGGAAAAGCGCUGAAAGGUAUUCAAAUCAAACCAAUUACACCUUGAGGGCAAAAAGGCAAAUACGGUAUAGUGAUGAUUAUUUAUAUGAUGUUGAUUCUUUAGAGACCAUGAAAACUUUGGGCAAAAAGGAUCAUGUGGUAAAUGCUCCACGAGAAGAUGAUGAUGACUGGUGCCCUCGGAAAAGGAAAAAAGCUGGGAAAAAAGAACCACCUGUUAUUAUCAAAUAUAUAAUUGUCAAUCGAUUCAAGGGCCACAAAAAUAUGCAUGUAAAAAUCAGUAGAUUAGAUUGCACAGAGACACAAGUAUUACUGACUGAUGAAGUAGUGAAAAAAUAUAAAAAGCUUUCACCACUUAAGGAAUUUUGGUCUCCAAUUCUGAAUGAUUGUAAUGUGUGUCAUAACCAAGAAAAACUUGAUAGAAAACUAAAAGUCUGUUCUGGUGCUGGAAUGUCUUAUAUGUUCUUUGCUUCUAAAAAUAAAAAACAACAAACACUAGCUAAUGGGAUGUCAUCAAUUAAAAUAGGAUGUACUUUGAGUCAUCAAAAAGACAGUAUAAUUGAAGCAGAUGCUACAAAUACAGAAGUACCCAAGAAAGUACAAAAAUACGAUAAGUCAGUUUAUGAAUUUACAGAUGAAAUAGAACUAAAGCGCAUCACCAUUCGGACUGUGAGUAAGGCCAAUCAGUUAAGAGUCGUGCAUGAAGACUCUUCAUUACGAAACAUAAAGAAGAAACACAACAUACUUUCAAAGAAAAGGAGAGCAAAUGGUCAGAAUGGUGAAGAUACUUGUGAUAACAGUUCUUUAGAAAGUGCAAAUGAAAUGCCUCAAGUUCCAAAUGCAGACAUGCACAAAACUCCAGGUCACUGGAAUUCUGCUUCUACUUCUUUACUUAAUUUCAAUACUGCUAUCUUACAUUCCCCAACAUUCAGUGACAAAUUAGAAGCAUGUAGUGGUUUACUUUCUCCUGUUCCAGCUACUUGUUGCCCAGAUUGGUCGGUACCAUCUGCUUACAAUACACGGUCGGCUCCAGAAAUCCUUGGAGGAUAUUUCCGGUCUCUGCUGGAUGGGGAUGAUUCCUCAGCUAAUGAAAAUGUCCAACUUCCCUCCCAACAUUCCUGUGCCAAUGGCAAACACAAUGAAGUUGUGCCAGAAAACACUUUUUUUUCUUCACUGCAAAGACAAACUGAGGAAGCUUCUACAGGGUGCAACCAUAGUGAUUCAAAUGUGCUUUAUUUGGCAGAAAAGCCAAGCGUCCAGGAAGUUUGGAACGUAGAGAAGACUGUUCAGAAUGUACAUCCACAUAGUGUCAUGGGAAAAGAUCCAUUUCCCUUGUGCACGGUUGACUCUCAAAAUGAAAGACUGGUGCAGAUUGGAGUUGAGAACCGAUCAACUGAAAACAGUAAUGUAGAUCAAUGUGGCUUGAAGGUGUACAGUAGUCAUAAUGAAAUUAAUGCCAACUUCAGUCAAACAGUAUUAAAUGAAGAAACAAAGCAACCAUUUCCUACAAAAGAUUCUUCGUGCAUUUUAGACAUUUCAAACUUUACACCAGCAAAAGUAAAACAGGGCUCUUUUUCUGAAUUUUUACAGGAAUGUACACCAAAAAUCCUCUCCAAAACAGGCAAGUCUAAUAAAUCUUUGGAGCAGUGUAGCCAUGAUCAGCUUCCCAGUAAGGCUACAAGACCAAAUUUAUGUGUAGAGCAGUGGCAGGUUUGUAGUGAACUACACAGUACAAAUAUCCAUGCUUACCGCACCAACAGUGACCCAACAUGUGUUUCGUUUUCACAAUGUGCACAAUCUUCUGUUCAAUUGCAGACUUCUGAUCAUGUGAAUUCAAGUAAUUAUUCAAAAAUUAAUAAGGCAAUAAAUAUUGCAAGAAAUAGACUUGCAAAUUCAAAUGGAGGUCAGUGGGACAAAAAAGCCCUUCAUAAGUACCAGAAUUCCAAAACUGAGAUCAAAACUAUAAAAGUUGAGAAUAUUAAAAAGGACAGUGCAUCACCAGAAAAUUAUGCAACCAUUGGAGUUCAACGGAACUCUGCGGAUGCAUUAUAUACAAAUCAAAUAUGCCAACCUGAUAAAGCUUAUAAACCUAUAAAAGGGUUUACUAAUAAAGGUUUAGAAAUGUGUGCAAAGUUUGUGAAGAAGGAUUUAAUGAAUGCAAGAAACAAACUUCCUAUAAAGGAAGCAAAACUGAAUGGAAAAGGUAAAUACUCAGUUGCAUCUGCAGAGUCCUGUGAUGAUAUAUCUUGCGACAUUACUAGAGAAAGAUUAUUAAAUGGUGGUCAGAGAGAAUUUGAGGAACCUGGUAAUAUCCUUUCCAACAUAGUUUCUGGAAUGGCAGCAGUUAAUCAGUUUAUGAUGGCCUCAGUGGAACCAAUUGUGAAUCAUGGGGAAGUUGCUCUCCCUGCUAUUAAUCAGCCUUUGGAAAUGCAAAAUAGUUCCAAAUGGAAACCCAAACCAUUGCAGAUAUUGCACAUUGGUAUAAAAGAUCUGAAAACUAAGCCAUAGCAUGUUUCUGAAUGUAACCCAAGCAUUGUGAGUCUUAAUGCUUAUCCUGUAAUUCACAUUGCUUCUUGCUAUGUUCAAAUGUGUCUAGUUCUACUGCACAAAUAGCUGACUGCAACUGUCCAAGCAAUACACUUUGUGAGUAACAAAGUAAAAUAUAUAAUGUGAACUUUUUUUUUACCUCUACUUACAGCAAUGAUGUUUUUUGUUUAUAUACUUGGAACUCUUCAGCUGAUUUGCUGUUACUCAGCAUAGGUCCUUUAAAGUAAGGUUCAAUGACUGAGUAUUUUGAGACCUUGCCCACAAAAUAUACAAUGUUGGUACAAGAUAUGGUGCAAGAAUAGCAGAGAGUUUUUUUGGUACAUAUCGCUGUUUGAAAAGUCUGCCUUUUUUGCAGUACUUCAAGGAAUAUUGCGCCAUGGAGAAAUUUAGGACAUGUUUUUGAAGGUGGUGUCAGUUAGAUUUGCAUUCAGCUUAACGCCAAUACAGACUGUUUAAUAUAUGUGUAACUAUGGGAUACAUAUUUUAAUGUAUUUACCAUUGAACUUAUGUACUUAGAAUGAUUGUUAUUGAGAAAGGACACAUUUUUAAUAGUCAAGCUACCACUGCCUAGCUUUACUGUAAAUUAAAUUACUGUGAUUGAUCUGUCUUGCCUAUGUAGAAUUACCCCUUUGUCCAAUCUGCUUUUCUAUGCAACUUUUAAGAAUCAAGAUGUAGUAGGUCUUUUGUUGUCAAACGGACCUAAAUAUUUCAAUUCCAUCAGGAACAUUUUGACCAAAAUAUUAAUUUUAGAAGGAAAACAGUAAAAUUGGACAUACUUUAAGAAUUUUAAUUGUGAAAACAUUGUGCAAUAUGUUUUUAUUCUCAAAAGGUUUUUGUGCUAAAAUCCAUAUAAGUAGAUGUGAUCAGUUUAUUUUGAUUUACUUGAAAAAAACUUAUUGCAAAGAUUUGCUUGACCAAUAUGAAUUAUUGCUUUUAACUCCCAUAAAAAAAUCUUUUCUCUAACACUAAGCAUGAAAAUAAAUUUUAAUAAAACAAAUACUAAAUAGGUAGAGUUGUAAAUGAGUUCAUGGAAUUUUCCCUACUGACCAUAGGUUGUGAAUGUAUGUAGAUAAACCGAAACAGAAACCCAAAUUACAUGGGGAAAUAGUUUCAGUUCAAAAUUAACUCUUUUUACAGUCACAAUAAAUCACUCCACUGCACUUCUAGUGCUGAAGAUUGCAUGUUGCAGCAUUUCAUACAAUUUAAUUUCACUUGAGGCUCAUUAAAAAAGAUGACAG